GCGUGGGGAAUUCCUCAGUUCUUGAGAGCGGUUUCUUGAAGUCGCUUACUCCUCGGAUGUUUAAGUCAUACUCGGUGUUUUACCAUCCGCGGACAAAUCGCGGGAGAGCAUUCAUUCGACACGAGAUGUUCUUCGAGAUCUGAUUGACUGGCAGCGGCGUUUCUCUUCAGGUGCAUCAGUCGUUGGUUUUUAACAGUGGAGGAUGGUAAAUCGAUGAUGCAGCACCCUUGACAAGAAAAGACCAUUCGAGAAGCCCAAGAUGGACCCAACAACCAGGGCAGCGAUCGAGAUAGUGAACGCCAAUGACGUUCUGUCCGCGAAAGUGAUAGGGAUGGUAGUGUUAGGUCUGAGUUCGUUCCUUCUUGGUAUACUGCCGAUGAGACUGACCAAAUAUGUAAAUGUGAAGAAUGUUGAUGGCGAUAAGAACCUUCUUAUUUCCCUAUUGAUGUGCUUCGGAGGCGGAGUGUUACUGUUCACGACUUUCAUACACAUCCAACCGGAAGUGCGCGAAGGUUUCGCCGUCUUGAAGUUACAGAACAAACUGCCCGAAAUUUGGGGGAAUCUGCCGAUCAGCGAGAUAGUGCUGUGUGCCGGAUUGUUGCUAGUGUACUUCAUCGAGGAAGUAGCCCAUAAGUUCUUACAUAACAAAGUGCCUAGUGAAGUGCUCCACAGGAGUCUAUCCAUGAGGUGCACGAAGAAAGACUCUCAAAUCGCCAUACCCAGAGUGACCCUCAACAAAUUCGACGACGGCAACAUAAGUUGCAUCACCACCUCCAACAAGCAGCUCUUGAAUUCCCAAUCCACCAUAAACAUCGAGCCCAGGUCGUCAGGACACCAUCAUCAUUUCCACGGGAAUCUGAAGAAGUCUUUCAGUGGGCUGCUCGCGGUUUUGGCACUGAGCUUCCAUGCAGUUUUUGAGGGACUCGCAGUAGGUUUGGAGUCUAGCGAGGAGAAAGUUUGGUACCUCUUUCUAGCCAUUGCCACCCACAAAUUGGUUAUUGCCUUUUGCGUUGGUAUAGAACUGGUGACGUCAGAAACGAAGGCCACACUUACGAUUUUAUAUAUCGGAAUAUUUUCUAUAGUUACCCCGUUAGGUAUAGGUGCUGGUCUUCUAUUGACAGAAGGUGCUAAUGAAGUCAACUUAAUUGCCCUCAUCCUACAAGGAAUGGCAGCUGGAACACUAUUGUAUGUGGUUUUUUUCGAAGUUCUGGCUAGAGAGCGAAAUAACGACCAUUGUGGUAUAUACCAAUUAUUAUCUAUAAUAUUGGGAUUUAUUCUAAUGGCUGGUCUUCAAAUUAUGACUGGCCACAGUCACGGAAGUCACCAGCAUGGACACGAACAUCCUGUACACCAUCAUCAUCACCACGAGGAUAUGAGAAGUUUAACGUGAUCUGAAACGAUUCUAGUCUUAGGUUUGACCUACCAGUGUUGAAGUGGAACCAUUUGCAGUAUUUAUAAUUUUAUGAAUACCAACUUUUUGUAUUUUAAUUUAUGUGAAUAUAUUUUAAUGACGACAGUCGAUAACAAAAGAUGAAAUAUAUAUUCGUAAUAAAA